GGCCUCCACACCCUGGGUUGUUGGUACUCUCUCUAUCACGGAACUCUACUGAACCCGUUGCGAUGUGUGAAUAAAGCAAGGCCAGGACCAGUCUGACACCGGCAAGGAAGGUCGACUGCGUUGGAACAAUGUCUGUGAUAUUAGCACACCGGAACGUUCUCAAGAGACUUCCACUUCGGGUCACAGCACAAUCGUGCCAUGGAGGGCCUCAGCUGGACCCUGAGUGGGCAGAGAUGGCCAAAAAACAGUUGAAGGGAGCUGACCCAUCCAAACUCCUUUGGAGUACACCAGAGGGAGUCAUCAUCAAGCCUCUGUAUACUGCACAGGAUGUUACUGGGGAUACACAUGAAGUACCAGGACAGUUUCCAUACACGAGGGGGCCUUAUCCCACCAUGUAUGCAAACCGACCGUGGACCAUUCGGCAGUAUGCAGGUUUCAGCACUGUGGAGGAGAGCAACAAAUUCUAUCGGCAAAACAUCAAGGCGGGACAACAGGGGCUGUCUGUGGCUUUUGACCUUGCCACACACCGGGGGUAUGACUCUGACAACCCACGGGUACAUGGAGACGUAGGCAUGGCAGGCGUGGCCAUAGACUCAGUGGAAGACAUGAAAACCCUGUUCAGUGGCAUCCCCCUUGAGAAGAUGUCAGUGUCCAUGACCAUGAAUGGGGCUGUAAUACCCACCAUGGCUAUGUUUAUUGUUGCUGCUGAGGAGCAGGGUGUAAAACAAGAACAGCUGUCAGGAACGAUUCAGAAUGACAUCCUGAAGGAAUUUAUGGUUCGCAACACCUACAUCUUCCCACCUGAACCUUCCAUGAGGACUAUUGGGGAUAUAUUUGGCUACACAGCUCAGCAUAUGCCUAAGUUCAACAGCAUCAGCAUCAGUGGGUAUCAUCUGCAAGAGGCUGGAGCCAAUGCAGUUCUGGAGAUGGCAUUUACUCUUGCUGAUGGCCUGGAGUAUUGCCGCACAGGGCUUAAGGCUGGCCUGGACAUUGACCAGUUUGCUCCACGAUUGUCCUUCUUCUGGGGCGUGGGAAUGAACUUUUAUAUGGAGAUCGCCAAGAUGCGUGCUGCCCGCCGCCUGUGGGCUCAUCUGGUGCAGGAAAAAUUUGGUCCCAAGAACAAAAAGUCAACCAUGUUACGAGCACACAGCCAGAACUCUGGAUGGUCUCUCACUGAGCAGGAUCCAUACAACAACAUCAUUCGCACCACAAUAGAGGGCCUUGCAGCUGUGUUUGGUGGCACACAGUCACUCCACACCAACUCUUUUGAUGAGGCUCUUGGGCUACCCACAGUCUUCUCGGCACGCAUUGCUCGCAACACCCAGAUCAUCCUUCAAGAAGAAACAGGAAUACCAAAGAUAAUUGAUCCUUGGGCUGGAUCAUAUGCCAUGGAGACACUGACGAAUGAAGUUUAUGAGGCUGGCAAGGCUGUAAUUGAAGAGGUUGAAGCCAUGGGAGGAAUGGCAAAAGCUGUAGAAUCUGGCUGGGCCAAGCUGAAAAUAGAAGAAUGUGCUGCAAAGAGACAGGCAAUGAUUGACAGCGGCAAAG